AUGGCCGAGCUGAGGGGUGCAAAGCUGGCAAGACCCCUGCAAGAGAAGGCGACAGCUGCUGGUAUUAACCUGGAAAACUCGGCAUGCAGCCAUAAGCAUGUCAACGGCGAGGACACAAGUCGCUACGAGACCAAACACGCAGAAGGCGGCUUCCGAUCCGUGCUGGUGUGCAGCGGAAGCAACGAUGCUGGGAUUCCGUACUCGUGGAGCGGCAAGGAGUUCGAGGGCGAGAUUAGCAAGGCUGGCAAGCAAGCCGAGCAGUUUGCAGCCAAGAAGUUCUUGAAUGACAUUGGCGUGCAGGAGACCGCUAGGGGCGUUUUGCCAGCCAAUCGGUACAUUCAAGAGCUUUCCUUUAGGAAAAAGGUCAGAAAGGCAACGCUGGAAUCCAGCCACGAGUAG